AUGGAAAGAUUCAUCUCUCAAGCCACUCAGAAGAAAAGCCGUGUGAAUGUUCCCUCUGUGCAAAGGAACUAUCAAGGACUGCUUCUUAUCACCUCCUUGCCCACACAGAAGAGAAGCCACUUCAAUUUUCUCAGAAGAACUGAUCUCAACCGUCAUCUGCUCUUACACACAGGAGAAAAGCCAUAUGAAUGUUCACACUGCAAUAAGAAAUUUACACAAAACAGCCAUUUAAAGAGCCAUCUCCAAACCCACACAGGAGAAAAGCCACAUAAAUGUUCACAUUGCAAAAAGUCAUUUUCAUACAAGACUGAUCUCAACCGUCAUCUGCUAAUACACACAGGAGGAAAGCCACAUAAAUGUUCACAUUGCAAAAACCAUUUAAAGAGUCAUCUCCGAACCCACACAGGAGAAAAGCCACAUAAAUGUUCACAUUGCAAAAAGUCAUUUUCAUACAAGACUGAUCUCAACCGUCAUCUGCUAAUACACACAGGAGAAAAGCCACAUAAAUGUUCACAUUGCAAAAAGUCAUUUUCAUACAAGACUGAUCUCAACCGUCAUCUGCUAAUACACACAGGAGAAAAGCCACAUGAAUGUUCACACGGCAAAAAGACGUUUUCACAGAAAAGCCAUCUAAAGUGUCAUCUCCAUACCCACUCGGGAGAAAAGCCAUAUGAAUGUUCACACUGCAAAAAGACAUUUUCACGAAAGACUGCUCUUAACCGUCAUCUGCUAAUGCACACAGGAGAAAAGCCACAUGAAUGUUCACAUUGCCAAAAGACAUUUUCACAAAAGUCUAAUCUCAACCGUCAUCUGCUCUUACACACAGGAGAAAAGCAACAUGAACGUCACACGGCUAACAGACAUUUUCACAGAAAAGCCAUCUAA